AUGACCCUUACCCUUCAAGCGGACCCCCUUGGUAACAAAGGAGAUCUUGAUUCAGAUAGUUCCUGCGGCAAGGAAACACCAGUUGCAAACAUAUGUCAAUUUUCGGGAAUAUCCAACACGUCAUGGGUCUUCGUCUACAUUUUAAAUUAUCCUGGUCAGAAUAAACGAACGUGCACAUGCUCUUUAUCACCGACAUCCUCAAAUGUUAGGAUAUUCCUUAGAUACCGGAAACAAACACGAUCAACUGAGAAUAUCAAUCUCAAAAUCAACGAUUUUGAGUUUGGCACAGAUAUAACCACAGUCCUAACAGAAAUAAAUGAAUUGAUACUGGAAACGAAUCCGGUGUUUAAUGAUAGUGAAGAGGUAUCAUAUUACAACACAAAAUAUUUAUUUCAUCUUUCAUAUUAUCAUACAGAAGAAGAUAGAACAUUCAAUAUAUCUUGUGAUUAUCCAACAUCAGACGGUACAGAUUCGGACACUAACAUAGUUGGAGUUGUCAUUGGCUGUGCCAUUGUUGGUGUAAUUGUUAUUGUCAUGGUAGUCCUGAAUAUUGUGAUUUUAAAAAGGAAAGCCAACAAAAAGCGGAAAAUAAAGAAAACACCAAAACUGUCACAGGAAGAGAAUGGAGCAGCAACAAGAAACGCCGAAGAUGAUAAUGAUUAUUAUAUGACAGAAAAUCCUAUGUAUAACAUGUUUGAGCCUACAAUGGAUAAGAAUGAGAUCCCUGAAUAUGCGUUGGUGCACAAACAUGCACCGAAUGAUGAACAGCAAAGUAUGGAGGACUAUGAUGAUAAUCCUAUGCCAGGUAUAUACGACUGUAUACCAGACUCACCAAAUGAUGUAAGUCAACCAUUGGUGUCCGAGCAAACGGACGAAAAAAACAUAAAUGACCUUGAAAAGUUUGGGACGGCUGACUGACAGAGUAGUAAAAGUUCCUUCGCAAACAAGAUUAGAUAUUUUAAUAAUUGCUGCUAUUUUUAUGAAUCAUACAUGAUAUAAUGAUUCAAAAUGGCAAAACUCUUGAAAUAUGAAAAAAUGUGAACAAAAUACACGUAUAAGUAGCCGAAAAUACGAAAAUGAAAUAACUAGGAGCUGGGCAUCUGCGAGCUUGAACUCUAUAGAUUCGUCCUCGUGCUUCUUGAGAUGUGAAUGCACGAAGAGAUGCAUCAACUCUAAAAUAUUGUCGUAAAAUGAAGUCAUAUUCUAUUUUAAUAUACUUUUUGCUUUGCAUUGUUGUU